UGGUAGAAAAACUGGAACACCAGCUAGGAUUAAGGAUGACAAGCUUUGAAAAAGUUGCAAGAGAGGAGGGAGAGAGAGAGAGAGAUGGAUAAUGGAUAAUGGAUGGAUAAAAUCAAAUAAUCAAAAUUUUUUUGAUAGGCACCAUGCAUGGAGAAAACUUCUAACCAAAACGAAGUCAUUGGCCGAUCAAAUCCAAGGAAAAAUGACAAUCUGACCGCUGCUUGUGUGUGCCACGUGAACAGAAUGUGUAUGUGCACUACCUCGCGUGGGCAUGUCGCAUGCAACAGAGUGGGCCAGCAGCUCAUGGAAGAGGAUAAGAGAGAAAGGCCUCUGCAUGCAUAUCAGAAGCAUUGUGAUCUCAAUACACUUGGUUUGGCUCCAUUAGUGUGAUGCAGAGAUGAGAGACCAGAGAGAUCUAGAGAGAGAGAGAGGAGGAACAAAAAGAGAGGGAGGGCGUCAUCUUGCCCAAGGAGAAGGAGCAAACUGAAAAAGGUCCACGGGACAUUGUGGGGGUUACUUGAUCACAGAAUGAAAGAACCAAGGGACGUUAAGGGACAUAUCAACUUUUGUGGUGGUCAUAGCUAGGCAGACCCACUUAGGUCAGCUCAGUCGACACAAAUGCACCCGCUAAGUACAAAACAAACUUUACUACUUUUCAUAGAAAUGGCCAAAAAUCCAGGAAAAAGUGUAAUGACAUCCAUCCAACCUUCAUUAUGGUAGAUGACAAAGAGUGCCCUAAGAGAUGUUGUUUUCUCCCAUGGCUUUAGCAAUCAGAGUUAGCUUUGCUGCCUCUGCUUUCUGCUUGGAUAAACAUCUUUUAGCUAGGUUAUCCUAGAAAAAAACCACUCCUCUCACUGUUGUAGUCUAUAUAGAUGUAUUGAAGUUAAGCAGUUUCACCUUCACCUUCAGCAGCUCCAAAAGGGUGAGUGAGUGACAGAGAGAGAGAGAGAAGGUCAAUUUGGUCAUUUUGCACAAAGUAAUGAAGAAGGGUGGGUUGUUGUCCUCUUGUAAGGAGAGAAGUAGAUCCAAGAGGAUGACAAGGAUGGUUUUCUACUUGAAGACAAGACAGAGGCACAUGGAGAGGCCCUCUCCCUCUCUUACUUGGCCAUGGCCAUGGCCAAGGCCCAAGGGAAGAAUUGAAUGAAUAUAUGAGAUAGAGAGAUGCCCUACUUUUUAUUUCUCAAAGAUCUUGUUUUCUAAAGGACCGGAUGGUCCUUUUUUUUAUUUUGUUAGUUCUCUUGUCCAGCAUACACAUACACUAACCCAUUUCUUAUCUUGUCCCCUUCUAUCAACUCUCUCCCCAACACCACUCAAAAGACACCCACUCCCUCCAAAAAACCACUCUCGCCCACCUUGUCGCCUUCUUGGCUAUCAUCUCUCUCUAUAUAUAUAUAGCCACAUACCCUCACAAUUCACAACCCCCCCCCCAUCUUAUAUCUUCCUUACGUUCUUCUCUCUACUCUUCUCUACUAACUAUAUACCACUAGUACUUCCACUGCUUCCACACUACAAGUUAUUAUCGAUAUUAAUUCUAACUCCAGUAGUCAUUGCGUGUUGCAUCCAUCCACCCUUUUGUUAUAAACUGACUCCCAAAGUUAGAUCCAUCUCAUUGCUAGCUAGCUAGCUAGGCUCUCGCCCUAUCUCUUUCGUCUCGAUCGCCACCAAUUGUGGUUUGUGUACUUGAGUUCGAUAUGCCGCCUUCAAGACUUUCUGAUGCCUUCAGAGCCCACCCUGUCCACCUCCAACAUAAUCACUUGGACUUGGAAUCAGUACGAGAGGUACCCGACUCCCAUGCCUGGCCAGAACUCGAUGACUACCCAUCUGCUGUGACUGUGGAGGACUCCAAUUUUGAUGUUGAGUCCGUGCCGCCUGUGAUCGAUCUCACUGACCCUAAUGCAGUCAAGCUUGUUGGACAUGCAUGCAAGACGUGGGGUGUUUUCCAAGUCACCAACCAUGGCCUCCCCAUGCGUCUGCUGGACGACGUCGAGUCCCAGGGCCGUCGUCUCUUCUCUCUCCCUCCCCACCAGAAGCUCAAGGCCGCAAGGCCGCCUGAUGGCAUUUCCGGCUAUGGCCUCGCUCGAAUCUCCUCCUUCUUCCCCAAACUCAUGUGGUCCGAAGGCUUUACCAUCGUUGGUUCCCCCGUCGAACAUGCCCGCCAACUUUGGCCACUGGAUUACAGCAACUUCUGUGAUGUAAUGGAAGAGUAUGAGAAAGAGAUGAAACAGCUUGCCGGGAGGCUAAUGUGGCUGAUGCUAGGGUCACUGGGUAUAAGCAAGGAUGACAUAAAGUGGGCAGCAGCAGCUUCCAAAGGCGAGUCCGGAGGUGUCUGUGCCGCGUUGCAGCUGAACUCAUAUCCAGCCUGCCCAGACCCAAGCCGGGCCAUGGGUCUGGCCGCGCACACAGACUCAACCCUUCUGACGGUGCUAUAUCAGAAUAGCACAAGCGGGCUACAGGUGCUGAGAGAUGGAGCUGCAGGGUGGGUGACUGUACCUCCACUCCGGGGUGCACUUGUGGUUAACGUCGGUGACCUCCUCCACAUUCUUUCCAAUGGCAAAUACCCCAGCGUUCUACAUCGUGCCAUCGUCAACCGGACCCACCACCGCCUCUCGGUUGCGUACCUGUAUGGACCACCAACAAACGCUCAAAUCUCACCCAUCUCAAGUCUAGUCGACCCAAACCACCCACCACUGUAUCGCCCGGUGACAUGGGCCGAGUAUCUCGGAACCAAGGCAAAGCAUUUCAACAAGGCACUAUCAUCAGUUCGCCUCUGCAACCCUGUAAACGGAUUUGUCGACGUGAAUGAUCACAACAGCGUAAAAGUCAGCUAGCAGAAUAAUCAGUUUGCAUAUAAAGGAUCAUCUUCACUAUCACC